AUGCGAUAUGAAGUCCAACUUGUGGAGUUCGUACAGAAAUUACGUGCUCUGAACCUAAAGGCAGGCAAGUCGCUGAUAGUUGGUGCAGCUAACCACCUCAUCAAAGGAACUGAGCUAGCUGACUUGUUCAAGGACAAGCAAGUAACCUAUGCUUGGUAUUACUCGUUCAGGAACCGCUAUGGCAUUAAGAUGAAAAACCAGGUCCGGCUGGAAAUGGACCGCAAGAGGUGGACAACAAGUGAUCACUUCUGCUCCUGGUAUGAAGUCGUGAUGGAUGGUAUGAUUCAGUGUGGCAUUGCUGUGAAGACCGACAGCUUCAAGGACAGUGAGCCAUGUGAUAUCAUGUUCUAUGUCACCGACCCAGAUAUGGUUUUCGAGUGGGACCAGACGGGCUUUACUUUGGACCAGACAGACGACGGAAAGGGGCCCACAGAGAAGACAAUGACCGUGGACAGUGAUGAUGAUGGCACGUGCGUAGUGAACAAGUCCAGUGUCCGAUGGACCCUCACAGGUGGCUCAAUCAUGAAUGGUGAUGCCUUGCCUGGAUGUGCCACACCACCAUCCAAGAGUAUGCAUCUCAGCCUAAUGAAGGAUCCCCCAAGAUCCAACUUGGUCGAUCCCGAAACUGGUGACCGUCGACCAUGCCAGUUCUACCCGCAUCCCUCCGAAGUCGUUCUGGACACCAGCUGUCUACAAUUUCAGCAGAAUGCCCGCAUUGAGUCACAUUCCGACCCCUCCGACUCUUCGGAUUCAGGGAAUUCCGACUCUGAUGCCAAUGUUGACAGUCUACGUUUGGGUGGAGAGGACUUCAGGCUUGGUCCACUGACGUACGGUGCAGGACGCGCAAAACUGGAGGAGAGGCAGAAGAGGAAGGAGGAGCAGGAGACAUUGCGCAAGGAACGUGAAGCGACCAAGAACGCCAAAGAGCAGCAGAAGUGCGAAGAUCGUCAGCUGGCUGCCAAGGAUGCAGCAAAGCUGUUGUGGAGCCACCAUCACCAGGGCCUAGCACACGCACUUGGUAAACUUCAGAAGAAGCACCUUUCUGCCCUUCUGAUUCUCACCAAGAGCCCGGUUAAAGGCAAUGAAACGCAUGGUGUGUUGGCCUCACACCUUGAGAACAAGCUCAAGAGCGAUGACCUGGAGAAGCAAGACAAGAAUAUACGAGAGCUUGUCAACCUCUUCUACGAAAUCCCAGUGUCAUGUUCCCCAGCGUCAGCGUCAACAACCACGACCAUCAGCAGUCUCCCGUCCCCGGCGGCCACCAUGUCACCAUCAGCAUCCCCUGGUACAUCCUUCUGGCCUAGGAGUGCUUCAACUCCACUACCCAGGGCAACGGUGGCUGCUUCACCUCGACCAGCCUUCCUGAUGCAGCCUAGACUCCCACGGCCCAGCAAUUACAGCGGACCCAGGCUACCAACUGGAUAUGCUGCUCGGCCGACACCAAGAGGAAACCCACCAUCAUCCACUGGAUCCAGUUGAGCUGAUGACCAUGUGUGGCGCAGGUUUGGACACGUUCUCCUGGCGGCCCUUCGGACAAUUUCUUCUUCUUUCUUAUUUAUUCCGGUUCAUUGUUCUGUUCAUAGCCCACACGCUACUAUGAUCUUCAAGUAAUCAUGCUUCUAUGGUGUUGCCAGACCCGGGCCAUGCUCUAUUUCAAUUGUAAUGCACAUGUUGUGGUUCUUUACAACUUUUUGGUUUCAGUGGAUGCUGGGAAGCCACUUCUUUAGAGCUCUAAUUGCUUGCGGAAGACUUUGGUUUUUUGGCAUUAGUACUUGUCACUGUUCUAGCAUGUACAUGUAUGUGUGUAGAAUGGAAGAAUGCGAUGAAAUAACACUAAACAUAGUCAUUUUACACAAUGCUUAGAAUCUAAAACGUUCAUAUUCAUAGCAUCAUAUCAACCCAAAUGUAAUCCAUUCCUUGGGGCGUUAUGAUAGUCAUAAUUAUUCAGUUGAAACUUGGUGAA